CAGGAGGCGGCAGCAGCAGCAGCAAGAGUUUUGAGGGGGGAACGAGCAGCAGCACCUCACCCAAAGGGGGCGACGCCACACCUCUCUUGCAGACGCACAAACAAACACGUGAAACUGUGUGAAGCUCAGGGGAAAGGAACGACACUUUGGAGAUCAAGGCUGCGUCCAUCGCUUCAUCCAUCCAUCCCUCCAUCGCUGGGACUGAUAUGCUCGCUGCCGUUCGUCUAACCUCUAACCUCGCGUCGCCGUAGCCGUCUCAGCCUGCCCGCCCUGCCCGCGUGUGUGCCCGUCGCCUCAUUUGACAACUGACCAAGAGGAACCGAGACCGGAACCCCACUCUGCCAUCAUGAACUUCCUCCGCCGCCGCCUCUCCGACAGCAGCUUCAUGUCCAACCUGCCCAACGGCUACAUGACGGACCUCCAGAGGCCGGACCCAACUGCGCCCCCUCCCCCGACUGCCUCGUCCCCUUCCCAGCAAGGACCCACCACCACCACCACCCCGUCCUCGCCGGCCCCGGCCCAAUCUCCCACCAAAGCUCCGCCUUUGUCCCAGGCCCCGGCCAGCUCGCCGGGCCCUCAGGAGCGCCGCCUGUCCCAGCAGGCUCAGCAGUCCCCGCAGGCCCAGUCCUCCUUCUCUGGUGGUUCCUCUGGAUUCUUCAGCUCCAUCACUAACGUGGUCAAGCAGACAGCCGCGUCCGCCGCCGGGUUUGUGGAGCAGUCGGCUCCUUCUCCAUCCCUCUCCAAGAAGUUUAAGACCCUACUGGUCAUUGACGAACUUCAGCAUGAGUGGGCCAAAGUAUUCAGAGGAAAGAAGGUUCUCACGGAGUAUGACGUCAAAGUGGAGCAGGCUGAGUUCUCGGACAUCAACCUCAUCUCGCAUUCGGAUGGAACUUGCAGCGUGGACAUGCAGGUCAUCAAGGGCGGGGCCAAAGCCAUCAGGUCCUUCAGGCCAGACUUUGUGUUGGUUCGCCAACACGCCUUCAGCAUGGCCCAGAACGAAGACUUUAGGAAUUUAAUCAUCGGUCUGCAGUAUGCCGGCAUCCCCUCUGUCAACUCACUGGACUCCAUCUACAACCUCUGCGAUAAACCUUGGGCUUUUUCCCAGUUGAUCAACAAUCAGAAGAGGCUGGGUGCAGACAAGUUCCCUGUCAUUGACCAGACGUUCUACCCAAACUAUAAGGACAUGAUUACAACGCCAAGCUUUCCCGUCGUGGUGAAGAUCGGACACGCUCACUCCGGAAUGGGAAAGGUUAAAGUGGACAACGUGAGCGACUUCCAGGACAUUGCCAGCGUUGUGGCCAUCACUCAGACUUACUGCACCACGGAGCCUUUCAUCGACGCCAAGUACGACAUCAGGGUGCAGAAGAUCGGUGUCGACUAUAAGGCGUACAUGCGAACAUCCAUCUCUGGUAAUUGGAAGAGCAACACCGGCUCUGCCAUGUUGGAGCAAGUAGCCAUGACUGACAAGUACAAGCUGUGGGUGGAUACCUGCGCCGAGAUCUUUGGCGGCCUGGACAUUUGCGCCGUCAAGGCCAUUUGUGGCAAGGACGGCAAUGACUACAUCACUGAGGUGGUGGGCUCGUCUAUGCAGCUGGUUGGCGAUCACCAGGCGGAAGAUCGCCAGCUCAUCUCGGAAGUGGUGCUGGCUAAGAUGCACCAGGCCCUGGCAGCCAAGACGUCCGGUGCUUCCCGGUCACCCGCUCGCUCCCCUCAGGGCCAACAGAAGACAAGUGCUGCAGCGCCCCCACAGAGCGCCAGCAAUAAAGACGGACCGCCAGAUGCAAGCAAAACCGCAGGCCAGCGUCCUCAACCCCAAGGAGCAUCAGUCAAGCCGCAGGUUGCGGAGUCGUCUUCAGCGACAGUUAAGAAAUCUUCUGAGCCGCCAUCAAAGCCCAGCCAAGCCCAGAAACCGACCCAGAAGCCAACUCCGGUCCAGAAGGCGGCCUCGGUGACCAAGCCCCCAGUGCCAAGGCCUCCCCCCAUGACAAGAGCGCCAUCUGUCACAAAACCUGCUCCAGAUCCCAGCUCAGCUCCUUCCAAAGGUUCUUCAUCUUCCCCAGCUAAGUCGGCAGCACGUCCGGGUUCCCCCUCAGCUUCCUCGGCUCCCACCACAGAGCAGCCCAAGCCCCAGAUCCCGGGAUCGCCCACCGUAGCUCCCGGAAAACCAAAAGACCUGCCGCCCAAACCCACACCUCCCGCCAAGCCCAUCCCUCCCGUGCGCAGGAACUCCAAGCCCCAGCUGCAGCCAAAGCCCAAAACCCCGCCUCCUCCCAGAGCUUCACCCAAACCGCAGACGACCGACCCGCAAAACCCGGAACCGGCUGAGACCUCGGACGACGCCUCUGCCGCCAGCACCUCCCCUGCCCCGGCGCAGAUUCAGUCGCCGGCCAAAGCCAGCCCAUCACCGCCUAGCGUCCAGUCUCCCGCGAAGGCCAAGGCCGCCUCUCCCUCCCAAAACCCUGAACCCGAAACAGCCGCCGAGGCCCAAGAGGAUCAAGCAGCAUCCCAGCCAAAAAGCCAUCCUCUGCUCAAUAAGUCCCAGUCACUGACCAAUGCCUUCAACGCCUUCAGCGACUCUUCCUUCUUCCGCGGAGUCUCCAGCUCCGGCGCCGGCGACGGCCAAGAGGAGGCCAAGGCCGAGACCAUUCGCAACCUCCGAAAGUCCUUCGCCAGCCUUUUCUCUGACUAGAACCCCCUCAACCCCGGCCCCUAUAACACCGUAUAGCUUCUGGCUCCUCAUCACCCCUUUCUCUUUCUAUGUUGACCAACCAUGAUUGACAUUUCAAUGUGAAGCAGUCUGAGAUGUGCGUGUUAAAUUUAAACGUUCUCUGGUCCCUCUUCUCCUUCUUCAUGCCAGCUUCUGGGUAGGAUGUUCCGUGCAUGCAGCUGUACCAGGAUAGGUGGAAUGAGAGAGUUAUGUCGCUGAUAAACACUUAAAUAGAAUAUAAUGAUAGCAUAGGAUACACAAGAGAGUAUAUUUAUUUUCCCACUGCACACUUAAUUGUUGAAACUAUAUUUAAAAAAGAAAAAAAGCAUACAGUGGAACCUCCAAGGUGGAACACCCUAAAAUUGGUACAAUUUGAUGAAAAAUAUGCAAAAGAAGAAGUGAUGCUAACCAUGAAAUAUGAAAUAGAACUUGGAUUAGCGUAGGAACCGGGUAGGAAAGUGUCUGUAUUAAUUAAAGACAAAUUGGAUUCACUAUUUCCAAGUUGAUAAAAACGGCCACAAAGCUCAAGAUAGUAAUGCAGUGCCAGCAGUAGCCAUAAAUCACCACCGGGUGUCAGUAUCGCUCUGCAAUCAUCUCAAUUGUCAAUCAUUUUUAAAGCAUACCGUAUUUUUCGGACUAUAAGUCGCAGUUUUUUUUCAUAGUUUGGCCGGGGUGCGACUUAUACUCAGGAGCGACUUAUGUG